GUCGUAGUGUAUGUGUCGUCUCGUGGUGUAGUUUCCCGUGAAAGGUGUGGAAAUCCCGGAAACCCCAAUUCCAAAUUUUUAAAAUUCUUACGACAUCCCACCUUCUCGUGGACGUUCAUUUUUUUCGUAACAGGUAUCAGAAACGUGGAUAGAUAUCCACCUUGGGUAUCAGUAUUUAAUUAUUUUUGAAAUGUCUGCGACCGCGAACGGCGUGAAUGGAUCUCCAAGGAAGAAGUUGUGCACGGAUCAACGCGAGUCCAAGGCGACCGUUAUAUUGGGGGCCCAGUGGGGCGACGAAGGCAAGGGCAAGGUGGUCGAUAUGCUCGCUGUGGACCAAGAUUUCGUUUGUCGGUGCCAGGGAGGGAAUAAUGCAGGACACACUGUAGUAAUUGAUGGAGUUGAAUAUGAUUUCCACUUAUUACCAAGUGGUAUCAUCCACCCAAAAUGCAAAUCUAUCAUAGGAAACGGAGUUGUCAUUCACCUUCCUAACAUGUUCGAUGAGAUUGAGAAAAACGAGAAAAAAGGUCUCAAAGACUGGGGCAACAGAUUGGUGAUCUCAGAUAGGGCGCACCUUGUCUUUGAUUUCCACCAACAGGUGGACGGUCUUCAAGAACAAGAGAACAACGAGAAAGGCCAAGGUUUGGGAACAACCAAAAAAGGGAUAGGCCCAACUUAUUCCUCUAAAGCAACCAGAAACGGCAUCAGGGUUGGAGAUCUCUUAGGAGAUUUCUCUCAAUUCACUAAAAAGUUUCUAGAGUUAGCUGAUAUGUACCAGAGGAUGUUUCCAUCUUUGAAAGUUGACGUGGAUUCUGAAUUGAAACGUUACAAGGACUAUGCAGAAAAAAUUAGGCCUCAAGUUCGAGACACAGUCUCCUAUCUAGAUAAAGCCUUUCGUAGUGGAAAGAGGAUUUUAGUUGAAGGUGCUAAUGCUGCCAUGUUAGAUAUUGACUUUGGUACUUAUCCAUAUGUCACUUCCUCGAACUGCAGCGUAGGAGGGGUGUGCACAGGUUUAGGCAUAUCACCCCACAGAAUAGGAGACGUCAUUGGGGUAGUCAAGGCCUAUACUACAAGGGUGGGAGACGGACCGUUCCCUACUGAACUACAUGAUAGCAUCGGCGACUUGAUGCAAGAGCGCGGCGGCGAGAUCGGCGUCACCACCAAGCGGAAGCGUCGCUGCGGCUGGCUGGACCUGGUCCUUUUGCAGUACACCAACACGAUCAACGGCUACACGGCGCUGUGCGUCACCAAGCUGGACAUCCUGGACACUCUGCCCGAGCUCAAAUUGGCCGUCGGGUACACGUUGCGAGGCAAGAAGAUCGAGUAUUUCCCGUCGACCGCCUCCGAUUUGGCCGUAGUCGAGGUUGAAUAUUUAACCAUGCCAGGAUGGCAACAGAGUACAGAAAAUGUGAGGGAGUUCAAAGAUUUGCCUGAAAAUGCUAAAAACUAUGUAAAUAAAAUAGUGGAACUUCUCAAUGUGCCAGUGAAAUGGAUAGGCGUUGGUAAAGGAAGAGAAUCAAUUAUAAAAAUUGAAGAUUAGCACAUAUAUAAUUCAGAUAACCUUCAGUUAGGUUUCUAGUAGAAAUUUAUCGCUUUGGGAUUUUAAGAUAUCAUUCAAGAUUGAGAAUUUGAGGAUGAUCACUCUGUACAUAGGCAGAACAAAGUAGGUUGACCUUAUUAAUUCGCUGAAUUGCUUGAUGAUGUAGUAAUUCGAAUGGAGUUUGUAAUAAUUGAUCCUAGUAGGUAUAAUUAUUCUAACCAUAUCAUGGUCGUUUUAGGAUGAUUUUUUGUUUCAAGUUGAAUUUGGUGCUCACAAAUACUACUUAGUACAAUCCUCAAAUUCUUGUCCCGACUUAAUGGUACUGGAAUUUGUAUCUGAAGAUUGCUUUAAGGUUAGGAAACAUUUGAGGGUGGGAAAAAAAUGAGUAAACUCUGUCUCAAAUAACUUAAUGGAAACGAUCUCGAAAGCAGUUUGGAUAAAAAUGAAAGUCCAUAUUCUUAUUCAGAUGCUUAUUUCCUUAUUGGAACAUUUGAAUUUGUGAGCAUUAUUUUUGGAAAGUGUAAGACAUUGAGAAAUCUUGUUUUUUUGUGCUUACUCAGAAUGGCCUUGUAUAAAUGAAGUAUUUGCCAAACACCUAACUUGAAAUGAUGUGAAAGUAUUACUAUACAGGGUGUUCCAUAGAAUUAUGGAAGUGACAGGAGUGCUCAUUUUCAAGACAAACAUACAUCUGUACAAAGUUAUAGGGUUGUUUCUGAGAUUCUGUAAUUUAAAAGUUUCAUUUUAAUUCAAUAAUUCCGUAAAUUGUGAAUACACCACUUCAAAGAGCAUCAAUCACAGAUUUAUUUUUUCAAAAUAUGUUAUCUCCUAAUGAAACUAUUUUUUCAAUGCUAUUUGAUCAAAUACGUGAAUUUGCUUUACAUCGACCUUGGAACACCCUGUAUGUUGGCAAAAAAGAUGAACUUGUGAAAACGUGUAAUAGUAGACAUUUUAUUCUGCAUAUUUGCUACCUAGUCUGUUUUAUGUGCACCAUUUGAAAAAAUCAGUAUUCUAUUCAAUUUCUCUAUCUAGACUUAAACUUAACAGCAUAAAUCUCGACAAUAUUUUUAUAUAAUUCAUAUUGAAUCAGAAAUUACCAAAAUCAAUACCAAAUAAUAUAAUUUUGAGUUAAAAUAUUUUAUUUUUAAUAAUUGGAAUUAUUGUAUUGUUCAUGUGGGAUAUUUAAGCCAGUAUGUGUUAGUAAAGAAAAAAGGGAAGUAAGUAUACCUACAUAUUCUUAGCAGUAUUCUUUUCAGCUACGAAAUUGGUUGCAAAAGUCAGUCUAGAAUUGAUUCGGAAUGUGUUUUAGUGCCUCAAUGAAAAUAUACUGCUCUAUACAAUGCACAACAUUUAUAAAUGUAAUAAAUAUUUUCUGUUCAAUAUUCAUGUUUUCGAAAAAUGGUUGUCCUACAAAGAUUUUCAAUAUACAUAUUAUACCAAAAAUAAUGAUAU